AUGAGCCUUUUAGGUGGCUAUAAGAAAAAGACCAGUUACGAUGGCUACGAAUCUUUGCAGUUGGUCGACAGUAGCGGUGAGUUCAGUAACGGGGGGAGAGGCGACGGCGGUGGCAUCUCUCUCGGUACCAGUUUGUCGGCGGUUACUCUCGGCUCCAAGACAGGCCCGGCACGAACGGACGACUACAGCACCAUGGACAGCUCAGGUAAGCCUGGUUUUUCUGCAGACGUGGAUGGCAGCUAUGGCAGUGGACUGCUGGAUAUGGUUAAAGGAGGAGCUGGAAAAUUCUUCAGCAACUUCAAGGACAACCUGAAGGACACAAUCAAAGACACCUCCACUAAAGUCAUGCAUCAGGUGGCCACAUACACUAAAGGAGAGUUGGACAUUGCCUACGUCACUUCUCGUAUCAUCGUGAUGUCAUAUCCUGCAGAGGUGGUGGAGAUGGGCUACAGGAACUAUGUAGAGGAUAUACGAUCAUUUCUGGACUCACGGCAUGCAGAUCACUACACUGUCUUCAACCUCUCCCAGAGGAACUAUCGUGGAGCCAAGUUCUCCAACCGGGUGUCUGAAUGUAACUGGCCAUCGAAACAGGCUCCCAGUCUCCAUAACUUGUUUGCUGUGUGUAAGAACAUGCAUAACUGGCUACGACAGGACCCUAAGAACGUGUGUGUCAUCACAUGCUCGGAUGGCAGAGCUCCAUCGGGUGUGUUGGUGUGUGCCAUGUUCUGUUUCUGCCACCUGUUUGCCAGCCCUGUGCCUGCCAUGCAGCUGCUGAGUGCUAAGAGACCUGGUUCAGGUCUGUGGCCUUCACACAGGAGGUAUAUUGGUUAUGUUUGCAGUAUGGUUGCAGAGAAGGCCUCCCUUCCUCACUCCAAACCGGUGCUCAUUAAAACUGUCACCAUGAGUCCAGUUCCUUGCUUCAACAAACAGCGCAGUGGCUGUCGACCCUUCUGUGACGUCCUUAUAGGAGAGACAAAGAUUUUCUCCACUGCACAGGACUAUGAGAGAAUGAGGGAGCACAGGGUGCAGGAGGGGAAGGUGGUUUUCCCUGUGGGAGUCAGCGUCCAGGGCGAUGUGGUGGUGUCUGUGUAUCACAUGAGGUCUCACGCACUGCAGGCCAAGGUAACAAACACACAGAUAUUCCAGAUUCAGUUCCAUACCGGCUUCAUUGCCCCCAGCACCACAUUUUUAAAGUUUAUGAAGCCGGAGCUGGAUGCCUGUGAUUCUCCAGAGAAGUAUCCUCAGUUGUUCCACGUGUUGUUGGACAUUGAGGUGGAGAACACAGAGAAGCAAAAAGACCUGACCCCUCCAUGGGAGCAGUUCCCCACUAAAGACCUCAGCCCAAACCUGCUCUUCUCCUGUCACCAGGAACAUCAGGAAGCUUUGGCUAUUGCAGAUGAAAUGGAGGGUUUGGAUCUGGAAGAUCCUGGGCGGUCCCAUGGUCCAGAAGGUCGGAUCGGUCCGAAUGAGGAGAGUGAGCCCUCUGAUGAUGAGAUGCUGUCACUGAGUAACGCCGGCGCCGAAAAACCCAAAAUGGACAAGAAAACGGAGUCUCCCAGCACCACGUCUGCUCCUCCUCCACCCGCAGAGGAUGUGGACCUGCUGGGGCUGAGCGCAGGAGCAGCACCUCCCCCAUGCUCCUCUCCACAGCCUCCCAACAGCAACACCACAGACCUGUUGGGAGAUCUGUUCGGUGCUCCGCCCACACAGCCUGCGAGCGGACCGGGGUCGGCCCAGUCCACGCCCCGCAAAUCAGUUCCCUUCCCUUCGCCCUGCCCCUCCCCGCGAUCCGCUGACACAUUUGAUCCUUUUGGGUCUGGACCUGCUCCUAAGCCCCAAGACUUUAUGGGGUCAUUUCUGGGUCCAGGUAACCUGGGUCAGCAGGACCCGUUUCUGCAUGCCGCUCGUUCGCCCUCCCCCACCCUGCAGCCGCCAGGCAUGGGCCGAAGCUCUCCUGUACCCCCCACUACACCAGCCGUCACCAUCCAGCAACAGAACGCCAUGGGGGGCUGGGACUGGAACAGACCCACCACUGCAGGCAGUGGUUUUGGGAUGGGCAGUAAAUCUGCCAGCACCAGUCCUACCAGCUCAGUCCACAGCACUCCCACACACCAGGCCAAACCCAGCACUCUCGACCCGUUCGCUGACCUUGGCAACCUGGGGUCCAGUCUUGGAGGUAGUUCCUCAUUCUCCAGUAAACCCACCACUCCCACUGGCACUGGGUCCGCGUUCCCCCCGAUGGGCUCUCCGUCUCGGCCUGCCGCCUCUCCCCAGCAGGGGGGCGGGGCAGGCUGGCAGCCCAACUCUGGGUUUGGCUGGCAGGCCGGUGGAGGGGCACCGUGGCAGCCUCAUACCCAGACCACACAGAACCAGUCCAGAGCCCCAGGGCCUUCCAUGCCACACACCUCACCCCAGAACCGACCCAAUUACAACAUCAGCUUCACCGGGAUGGGCGGUGCUUCUCCAGGCAGCGGGGGCGGAAAGACACAGCCUGGCGCAGGGUCCAAAGCUAAGGCUUCAGACGCUAACUUUGAUGACCUGCUCUCGGGUCAGGGCUUUGCUGGGUCAAAGGAGAAGAAGGGACCAAAGACCAUCGCUGAGAUGAGAAAAGAAGAGAUGGCAAAGGAGAUGGAUCCAGAGAAACUGAAGAUCCUGGACUGGAUUGAGGGGAAGGAGCGGAAUAUCAGAGCUCUUCUGUCCACCAUGCACACGGUGCUGUGGGAGGGAGAGACACGCUGGAGACCUGUUGGCAUGGCUGACCUCGUGACCCCUGAGCAGGUGAAGAAAGUGUAUCGCAGGGCAGUGCUGGUGGUUCAUCCUGACAAGGCGACUGGAGAGCCAUACGAACAAUAUGCCAAGAUGAUCUUCAUGGAGCUGAAUGAUGCGUGGUCAGAGUUUGAAAGCCAGGGACAGAAGGCUCUAUACUGA